AGGGACCCAGAUCGGGAGAGACUGUGCAUUACUCCCCCCCUGGCCGCUAGAAAUUAUUCAACAGUAGCUUCUGGCCCCGCAACCUAGACAGUAACACUUCCUGGUGUCCUCCGACCACGUCAAAGCAAUCUUCAGUGUAGGCCACGAUGGAACGGUACAACAAACACCAGCUUCUCUGUCUAAUCGUCCGAGUUGCUCCCCCCUUCCGUUUCCCCACCGGAAAACCGCAAACUCACUGCUGACGGCCAUCUUGCGCCUCUCCCACCACCCCACCCGGCCGGCGAAUCACGGCGCGCGUCACCCAAGAUGGCCGAUGUCGUCGACUGGUCGUUUUGGCGCCAACUCGUCACUUGUUGCCUGAUCGGACGUCUGUUCGUACCCCGGGCUGUGUUCCCGGUGAGGUUUAUCGCACAAAAAUAUUGGAUUUCCCCAAAGACACGAUCUAAGGUUGCGAACAAAGGCUCACGUCCAGCACUGAGGACUCUGAUCGAUGAAUUAUGCAACAGCCACCAAAACGUGCGAAGCUGUCGAGUGAAUCGUGCAUCGCUGAAAUUUCUUCGACUAUUGAGAGCAUUGCCGGGACGAUAAAGGCGAUCGGGGAUACUCACUCGGCAAUUCUCAAAGUCAACAAAUCCAUUGUCAGUCAUCUAUUGGAACAGAAACGACAGGCCGAGGCUGUCAAUCUUCACGUCUCCCAGACGUCUGACGGAGAGGCUUCGUAAAGGUAGGAAACAUGGAGGAGGAAUUGUCACAGGCAGUUUCCUUUGUCAACAGUUACUUUGCUCUCGUAGACGGGUUAGCCUCAAAUUUGGAGGAUCACCUGGCUGAUGAUGUCAUACUAGACUGGUUCGGCCAGACCAUUAAAGGUCGUAGGGAUGUUGCUUCUUUCAUGAAGUACCAGAAGAUUAACUCAAGGCAUGUGUUCAAUGAAAUUAUACCCAAGACGAGCAUCGGAUAUCGAGAGCACCGAUCACUGAGACGAAGGCACUAUUCAAUCGGAGGUGUAUCCUCCAACAACAACCCCGCGGAAAAUGACGGUCAGCCAAAGUACAAACGCAAAUGCUACUCAGACACAUUCACUUGCCAUCCCAACACCUUCGCUGAUGACAGCAUCAUCUUGGACACGUCCUUCUGUGAGACAGGGCUGCUAUCAGACCCCAACAUGUCAGUGGACUCAAUUACGAGCAGAAGUCCAGGAGUGAUUGAUCACGUCAUCCAGGCGGAGCUCGAAAUGCAAGGACUGCACCUGGAAAGCUUCAUGACUCCGCAGUGCACCCGUCAGGGCCCCUCGCACGAUCCCGGCAGCGAUCACUGCACUAAUGCAACCCCUGACACCGAGAUGACAGCGAAUUUUCAGCCCACGAACGUCGACGAAAUGGAGAUGAAUAUCGCCGAGUUGAAGGCAAAGGAAAUACUCACGAAGGAGAUUGGACAGGGUGACGCUGAUAAAUCAUCUCUGAAGUUCUUGGAGGCACGUGGAGUCAUCGAAUUCUGCAAGUACUUCAAUAGCCCGCAGAUCAGGAAAGAUACACGAAAACGGCACAGCAAACUGCAGAUCGCGUACUCAAUCAAGGACGACAAUUCGAAUUCAAAUAUUGUGCAUCAAGAUCAGAUGUCGAUGGGGGACCACGAGCGAGACAAUGAAUAUGAAGAGGAGAGGAAUCGGUUCCUCGAGUGCCUCCAGCUCCAGAUGAUCAAGAAGGAGGGCAACAUCAAUAAUCUCUCGACUCCGAAAUACGUGAGGGGACAGCUGAAGUUUGAUAGGGGCAGUGUGGAAGGCGUUGGGGCAGUUGGGGACCCUAAUUUUAUUUUCAAGUACACGAUCCAUGUUAUUAUUUAUGAGAGCAAUACCAAGUGUCGACUGAACCUUUCAAAUGAAUUCGAGGGAAAAGAAUAUUUAGAAGAUAAUGGUUAGUAGGUUCUGGAAGAGUUUUUGAGGAGUGGAGUCUUUAGCUCAUUGAUUCGUAUUUUUUUACGUGAUUUUUUAGUUUAUCACUUGAUAAAAAAUUUUUCUUUGUAUUUUUUUUCCUACUUUGUACUUUUACGUUCAGACUGACUCGAGUCACUACGUUAAGCAUGUAUAUUGAAAUGUAAAUUGCACUGUCAGUCAUUUGAGAUACUAGUAAUAAAAAAGAAAGUUGUCACAA